GGCGGUGCUGCGGCCUGGCCGCGGUGGCGAGUGCUCUCCCCCUGUGGCAAGCGGCGAGGCGCGGAAUGAGCCGCCUGGGCCCCAGUCUGAGCGCGCGGCCCUUCCUGCGUGGGCCCUGGGCGGCGCCGCGGGGGCUGCGCCGCGUCUCGGUGGCGGGCGGCCUGUGCCAGGGCCCGGCGGGCUCCGGCAGCGCCCCGGCGGCGGGCAUGGAGGAGCUGCUGAGCCGCUCCGUACCGCCGCUGCCGCCCUACGAGACCAAGGAGAAGGCGCCGCCUCCGGCGGAGCUGCGCAGCGCGGAGUUCGUGCGGUACUACCGCGCCCUGGAGGCCGGGCCGCCCCGGGCCGAGCUCCUCACCCGCUUGGCCCGCGACUUCGGCGUGGACCAUGGCCGGGUGGCAGAGUUCAGCGCCAAGGUGCUGCAGGCCCGGGAGCAGCAGAGGGAGCUGGGGGCCCUGCUGCAGGCCGAGGACCGGCUCCGCUACUACCUCAGCCCCCAGUACCGGGGUCUCUUCCAGCACCUGGGCCGCCUGGAGGGCGGGCUGCGCUUCCUGGUGGAGCUGAGGGGCGACCUGGUGGAGGGGCUGGCCUCCAAGGCGGUGGACGGGCCUCAUGUCAAGGAAAUGAAUGGAGUUCUAAAGAACAUGCUUUCAGAGUGGUUCUCAACAGGAUUCCUGAACUUGGAAAGGGUCACUUGGCAAUCACCUUGUGAAGUACUCCAGAAAAUUAGUGAUUCUGAAGCUGUGCAUCCUGUUAGAAACUGGAUGGAUAUGAAACGUCGAGUUGGGUCAUACAGAAGAUGCUACUUUUUUUCUCACUGUGCAAUCCCAGGAGAACCAUUGAUAGUCUUGCAUGUUGCACUAACCAGUGAUAUCUCCAGCAACAUCCAGGCCAUAGUGAAAGAAGUGCCGCCUUUAGAAACAGAAGAUACAGACAAAAUUACAACAGCAAUUUUCUACUCAAUCAGUUUGACUCAGCAGGGACUGCAAGGUGUGGAACUUGGGACUUACCUCAUUAAGCGGGUUGUAAAAGAGCUGCAGAAAGAACUUCCUCAGAUAAAAGCUUUUUCUACUCUUUCACCUAUCCCAGGAUUCACAAAAUGGCUUGUUGGUCUUCUCUCCUCACAAACGAAAGAACUGGAAAGAAAUGAACUUUUUACAGAAUCAGAAGGGCAAGAAAUCUCUGAGAUCACGGGAGACUCUACUACUGAAACACUAAAGAAAGUCUUGAAUAACAAUGAGUGGGUGAGAUCAGAAAAAUUAGUUAAAGUGCUCCAUUCGCCACUUAUGAGACUCUGUGCCUGGUAUUUGUACGGAGAGAAACAUCGUGGCUAUGCUCUUAACCCAGUAGCAAAUUUUCAUCUUCAGAAUGGCUCUGUGAUGUGGCGGAUAAACUGGAUGGCGGACACAAGCCCUCGGGGCAUUGCUGCUUCUUGUGGCAUGAUGGUAAACUACCGGUAUUUCUUAGAGGACACAGCCAGUAAUAGUGCAGCAUACCUGGGGACUAAACACAUUAAAGCCUCAGAGCAGGUUCUUUCCUUGGUGUCUCAAUUCCAGCAAAAUAGCAAGCUUUAGUUAAAUAUUAGGAAAACUAAGAAGUGUUCCUCACCUGUAAAGAGCUGUAAUACGUUGCAGUGUCUAUAUUUAAAUGAGAAUGUCCCUUGUCAAACAAACUGACUCAGCACAGUAUGAUGCAAAGUUACCUAGGUUAUCGGUUGUCUUCCUUAUAUUGCCAUGUAUUCAAAACUUGUUUGGGUGUGAUUGAGUCACUGCAAGUGACAUUUGUGAUUUGUCACAAAAAAACCCACAUUUGAUGAGUCACUGUUACAUGCAUAUGGGUUGGAGGUGUGUAUUAAAGGGUGAGUAAAAUUAUCUCAGUCAGUUACAACUCAGUGGUGACUUGAAUGGAAAAUACUUGUCAUACCAUUAUUCUGUUGGUAAUAAACCUAUAUAAACUGUGUCUUUGAAAGGAGCUGCACUUUGUCAUAAUACUACUGUAGAUAGAUCAGUACCAAAGUACCUGGAAAGAAGUACUGAAUGAAGGUAAAUUUUUGGCCAAAUGUAUUUGAAAAACUGUAAUCUAUGAUUUUAUUUCAAUAAUAUCUGUCCUUUUCACCCUGAAAAACUCAAAUAAAACCUCAUGGUAUUUUCCUGUUUCAAACCUACUAAAAAUCUCCUUGAAUCCUUACUUUGUUGGAGCAUGGAAAAGCCUUGCAUUAAUGAUGUUGAAAAAGCAGGAUUUCUCAGUGCAGCCGGUAUGUAGUAUUAUAUUUGCACCUUUGUCUGUUAAAAUAUAAUGAGCAGGGAAGGAGAGGGGAAUAAGAAAGACUGAUAAUUUGGGAUCAGUUGAGAAGUUUCUAAAAAUAUAUAUAUAUAUAUUAUAUUUUGAUAAAAAGCUUUUUUAAUAAUGAGGCAGGUGUGACCUGUAAAUCAAUAAAAUAAACUUUCUCAAUAAAUCAUGUCUUGCGUAUUUCAGCAUGUACCUUUCUUCACUUAACAGCCCUGCUUGAUAGCAGUAUCACCACAGCAGAAGGACCAUUUUGACAGAAUUUCAUGCUUUUUUGUAAUUUCUGAUGUAUUCCAUGUCUGGUGAAAUUCCAGUACUGUUUUCAAGAAAAGAAUUAUGCAGAGGAAUUGAAUGUGAUAAAGAUCCUGCUCAUGUGUGAAAACAGAAGUGAAGAAAACUGGGCUGUUCUAAGGUGUUUGAGACGUGGGGCUGAGAAGCAGAUUACGGACCAAGAUGUAGCAGCAUCUUGCUGGAGCUAUUAUGGAUGGGUGCGUUUGUUAUAUGACAUCUGUUCUCCAUCAGAACCCUAGCACCUGCAGAGUUAUUUCCUUUUUCAACAGUUGUUAUGGUUUUGGUUAUUGGUUGUGUUUUGCUUUCUGAGGUCACUUCAUCUGUUACAUUGAUAAGUUAGCAAUGUGAGGCCAGAAAUUCCUACAGUGAGUUCUGUACCAGAAUCAGCACAAAUUUAAGUGCAAAAGGAUCAUCUGAAGAUGAAAGUGGGACAGUCUGUGCAUAAAAGUCAUCAGCUGUUAAGUGUUACUAGUUUUCUUUCAUUGGUCACAGACUCUUAACUGUCCAGCAGUGCUUGGAUUUUCCAACUUGCUACUAAAGAGUGAUUUUAGCAUGAACGAUGCUGAAGAGAAAAAAAAAGCAUAUUCACCAUCUGUACUACUUACUAGGACAAUAACAAUGUCGCUUGAGAGGGAUCUUAUUCUAUCAAAGUGAGUCUUCGCAGGUCAGAAGAGAGAAGUCCAGUUCCUUUUUCUCCCUCUCAGUGUGUAAAAAUUGUUACACCAUUUCUGAGGUGCGUGCCCGUAGCGUUUAAAGAUGCGUAAUGGCUUGUCUUUUAAAGAAGCUGAAAUACUAAAAGUUCUCAAAGUCAUUGCUUCCUGUUACUGUAGUAAUGUGUCUCAAAAAACUUAUUUUAACAUUAAUUUAGAGUAUGUAAUACUGCACUAUGUUUCACUUUGAAGUGCCGAGGCUGAAAUCAUGAGUAAGUUUUCCUUUUUGUGGAUAAAAAGCCAGUUCUUCUGAACGGCUUCUCAGGUGAUUUCAUUUCGUAGCAAAUACUGGUUUGUUGCUUGCGACUGAGAAGUCUUGCAGCUGUGUGUGGGUCUUGUUACAAAACUGGCCACGCUGCAUUGUGAGCUCAGAACUGUUGGGUGUGGAAGCUGCUGUGGUAUAUCACAACAGAAGCUGGCACAGAUCUGAUCUGUACAUCAGAUCCUUCCCUUUACCAUCCUCAAUUUUAGAGGCUGCUAACUAUUUUGCAACUGUUACGUUAUUGAAAGUAUCAUUAUAGUUACCAAGGCUUAUGCUGUUAGAAGCAGUGGUACUGAUAGCUGUAGAAUAGCCGCCCAAGGUAUGUCUUAGGGGUGGAAAAGUGGCAUUAAUAGAAGGGCAAUAGCUUAAAAUCUAUAGCUCCUUCCAUUCUUAGGUUCUAAAAUGAGGCAUAGUAAAGACUGAGAAUUAUUUGGUAAAGUUACAAUUUUCUGCUACUGGCUUGCAUCUACUUUUCAGCAGCUUUCACAGUUCUGAUUUUUUUUUCUAGUAUUCAGACAGGGUGACAUGCAAGUUUCUGGGUAGGGGACAGUGGUUUUGAGUGCAGGUUUUUAACCAGGACUGCUGAAUUGAUGUAAUGCUGUAGGUCAUGAUGUAACACUGAGGCAGUAAACACUUCACAUUUUGUACUGCUAUCUGGACUGCUAUAUGAGACUAUAGACUGUAGGACUUCUAAGUCAGAGUUUAUUUCAGCCCUUAAAGCAUUGGGAGGAGGCGUGCCAUGUGUUGGGUCAGGGGCUGCUUUGUUUUCUACAAUCAUUUAUUUUCUCAGUUGCCCUAUGCAGUGCAGUUGGUAACAAACAAAAUAUUCCUAAGUUAGUGCCAUUCGUUCCUCAUAGAAACACACCUGACAGCACCUCCUGCUAGAAAUGCCCUCAGGAUGAAGUAAUGUGAUUGCCUAGUUAAAAGCACAGGUUUUGCCAGUAGGCUUUUGCAUCCCUGACUUUCUCAGGACAGUUUCUGUUACCGUGUGUCUAGAAAGAAAAAGUGGUGGCUGGUUUCAGUGGCUCACUUCUUCAGGAAGCAGUAGGGCAGCUGCGGUGCUGUUAGGUGUAGCAUACAAAAGCAUCACAGUUUCACAGCUGCAUCCCACUUUUGAAAGCAAAUCAAUAGAAAUGAUGCUACUUUGUCAAUUAUGCUUCUCUUAUGAUCAGCUUACACAGUUUUUCUUGUCACGGGAGUAGGGCCUGUCUUUGUACAUGCAUGGAGUUAAGUAGGACCCAUGUUCUAACGUGUGCCUCUUGAUAAGGAGACUCCCCUAGGAAGGGAGAGAUCAGGGUUAUGAUCAGCAUGCCAGGAGCAGUUUACACAUUUACACAGUAGCAUUAUUUUCUUUAGAAAAUGAGGAGUACGAAAUCACAUUUAUUGUGUUUUAUUGCUUCCAUAAGCAUUUGAAUUUCUCAACAAAUCUGAUAGAACAGCAGGUGCCUCGAAAAUACUCAUUUCCAAACACAACAAAGAUCAGGCGGAAGAAAAAGGCUGUGUUAGUAUCACUCAGAGGUGAAAGCCCCACGUUUCUCAAGUCUGGUAACCACUAGGAUGUUGUAUAGAUGUUUGUCACCAUUUAGUACGUGUCUUCAAAAGAGGACUCAUAAAUGGACCUAAAGGGAUGUCCUAUGUUGUAGACCUGUUCAGAUGUGUUCCUGCACUUAUUCAAGUUACUGUCUGUUGACAUAUUUUUCCACAUGCAGCUGCCAUAAAUCUUCCGUCAAGGCAUCAGCUACGUGGUGCACAGGGUACUAAGGCCAGCUGAGUUGCCUUGAUGUGUCACAUCCAAGCUAGAGGCUUAUAGUUAGGGAACUAAGCAUAGUGUAAGUGGGUUACAUUCAAGGCAUUUCAUGGAUCAGAAUUAAGGGGUUUUUUUAUUGAGGAUACCUGAAACUGUUCGGAAAAAAAAUAAUCACUUGUUGCCACAUUAUAUCUAAUAAAUGAAUGCAUACUCAUUCCUCUUAAAAUAAAUCUGUACCAGGACUGAUAAGUACUUGGAGAAUGCUGAGAUACAGCAAUAUGUAAUCUGACAUGCUGGAUAAGUUAUUAAAACCUUACACUCAGAUUGCAGCUGAAAGCCCGAGGACAGUUUAACAUGGGCUUCUGUCUUCCAGUCACUGUUUUCAACAGUGGUUUAUUAUGGCAAUGCCUGGAAGCCAUUACCCACCUGAUAGGCCUUGCAGUUAGAGGGUAGUUCACAAAAUACAUGUCAAGCCCUGCUAAAGUUGUCACGGUUCGUCGGCUUCUUUGGAUUCAAUACCAGCCUGCUCAUUAGCUGCUAUUCCUGGAGAUAGCUUGGGCCACUUUCCUGAGGUUCUCUUAAUUCCCUCAGUGGUGCAGGGCUGGAAGAACAGCUUCUGGCAUUUUAGCCACCUUUUCUCUCGUUAUCAACAAGUGUUAAAGUCUGGUAUCAUCUCCAGAUGCUUGCUGUCUAUGUAGGCUGCUUAAAGAGAAGCUCAGAAAUUCCAUUUUAAUUUGGUUUGCUAAAUGCUGGAAUCUGCUGAUCUGGUUUAAGUGCUAGCAUUGUUGAAGAGAUUUGUUUUCUGAAAAAAAAUGGGGGAUUUGGGUUGUAUUGAUCAUUUUGUCCCAGUGAUAAAUGCAAACUCAAACUUUAUAUGUGCUGCAAAGGCUAUAAUGAACAUGUGCAAAUACAGAUUUUUAUGUUAUUUUAAAGGAGUUGCAUUCAUUUUCCAUGUGGCUAUUCUGGAGAUGCAGUAACUCCCUGCAGGACACGUUACCUCACUGCAAUAGCUCACCUACUGAAAAACAGAAGUUAUCUGAAGAACAGUCCUUCUGCAACUUUAAUCAUUGCGUGUUUACACCAUUUUGCUGCAGCAUCGUUUGACCUCUUCAACUAUUCCUCUCCAUAGCAUGAAGGCCAAUGUAAUGCAUUGCACACCUGGGCCUUGAAUUAUUCCCUUUGGCUGAGUUGAAAGAAGGAGCGUGAGAGACUAGGUCCUUGAUUUUUCUGAG